UUAUCUUUAAGGAAACUAUACUCUGAGAGUUGAUUGCACCCCACUAAUGUACAGCUUGGUAUACAACCUAACAAAGGAGCUCAAAAGCCCCGAUGAAGGCUUUGAAGGCAAAUCUCUUUAUGAGAGCUGGAAUGGAAAAAGUCCUUCACUGGAGUUCAGUGGCAUGCCCAGGAUUAGUAAGUUGGGAUCUGGUAAUGACUUUGAGGUGUUCUUCCAAAGACUUGGAAUUGCUUCAAGCAGAGCACGGUACACUAAAAAUUGGGCAACAAGCAAAUCCAGGAGCUAUCCUUUGUAUCACAGUGUCUCUGAAACAUAUGAAUUGGUGGAAAAAUUUUAUGAUCCAACUUUUAAGUAUCACCUUGCUGUGGCCCAGGUUCGAGGAGGGAUGGUAUUUGAACUAGCCAAUUCCAUAGUGCUCCCAUUUGACUGUCGAGAUUAUGCUAUAGUUUUGAGAAAGUAUGCUGACAAAAUCUACAAUAUUUCAAUGAGACAUCCACAAGAAAUGAAAACAUACAGUGUGUCAUUUGAUUCACUUUUCUCUGCUGUGAAGAACUUUACGGAAAUUGCUUCUAAGUUCAGUGAGAGGCUUCAAGACUUGGACAAAAACAACCCAAUAUUAUUGAGAAUUAUGAAUGAUCAACUGAUGUUUUUGGAACGAGCAUUUAUUGAUCCUUUAGGAUUACCAGACAGGCCUUUCUAUAGGCACAUCAUCUAUGCUCCCAGCAGCCACAACAAGUAUGCAGGGGAGUCAUUCCCAGGAAUUUAUGAUGCUCUGUUUGAUAUUGAAAGCAAAGUGGAUCCUUCCAAAGCCUGGGGAGAAGUGAAGAGACAGAUCUCCAUUGCAGCCUUUACCGUGCAGGCUGCAGCCGGGACUCUGAGAGAAGUAGCCUGAGGUGGUUCUUCAGAGAACCCGUAUUGAAUAGGUAUGGUCUAUCACUCAGAAAGAAUCGUGAAAGGCAUAUUCUAAAAAAUAUAGUUAAUACACGUACACACACACACACACACACACACACAUCUUAGCAUUCUUCUCCCUAUGAAUCAAAAAAGAAAGAUGGACAAUUUUUAUUCUAUAAUUAUAGAAGGUUAUUCUGAAUUUGAACUAAGGGUUAAAAUUAAGGCAAACACCUACUAUAUUGAAACUCUUAUGUGGCAUUAUAGGGAAUCGAGUCUAAUUCAGCAGUGGCAUCAGCCGUACUGGCCACCCAGGGCUGAGAGAUCACUAUCUUAGCAAACUAGUUGAGCUACUCUGAUCUAAUCAUGCUGCUGGUAAAUGCAGUAACUCUAUACCAUAAAGGAUAAUUACUUCUAUUAAAUUAGCAAAUAUCCCAUUUAUAUCAAAGGGUAUAUGUAACAUUAUGUACAGUAAAAAAUAAGAGAAAUAAAUUAACAUUUAUAGAACUGCCCCCCACAAAUAACCAGUUUGAGAAAGAAACGUUACCAAUAUCUUUGAAUCCCCCAUCUAUCACUGACCAGUGUGCCUUCAUCCUCUGCCAGAGAUCCUCCCUUUCUUGAAUCUUAUGUGAAUCUUUUCUGUUAUCAUUAUUCCACACAUAGCUAUAUUCCUUAUAUGUUUUGGGGUUUGUGUAUUUUUUU